GCUAACUGAAUAUGUUCUUUACUAUAGACGAAUUGGUGCGGUGGUUGGGACUCACAGUGUUUGAAAUAUGGAUCAAUCUGAUCUCUAUACUACUCUUUACUAUUCUCCUUGCUUUCAAGUACGAUCCCAACAUUGAAGUGUACAACAAUGACUGGUGGACGAUUUUCUUUCCGUUGUUUGCCGGGGAUGCUUUGAACACAUAUUUUUGUAUCAUAAUUUUUAUAAGAAUGCUGUUAGAAAUGACCCUGAAGUUUUCUUUUAUGAGAAUCAGCUGGUCUGCGAUUUUCUUGCUGAUGACUUUUCUGUUUAAAUUUUUGCUGUGCAAGAGGCUUUUGGGCCAAGUGAAGUUGGACUAUUCCGAGGUAUUUGCACCUCUGUACAUAUUGUUACAAUUGAUAGCGGUCAGAGCCUGUCAGCAAAGUUAACGUGUUUUGUGAAUAGAAACUUAUUAUUAUUAUUUCAAACUACAAAAAUACAUAAUGUUAGCAUUUGCUGUAUUUUAUAUACAAAAAAUACAAUUUUUGUGUAUAGUUUUGUAUUAUUAAUACAAUAUUACAUUCCUUCUUAACCACUGGCCUUAUUAAAAUACAUUA